UUCGGAUAUCAGCUAUCCCUCUAGUCAUUUACAUGAGACAAGGAAAAACAGAAAGCAAAUGUGAAGAAACCUUUUUAUGUUCCUGAAUUAAUUUAGUUCCUUCCUGGGCAAAGGUUUUUCCAGGACUCUCCACAUAUUCCGAGUGUUUCAAGUUUCUCCUAUCAACAUGUGCGUACGAACGGUGGUUGUUAUCGGUCGAAAAAUCGAGCCAUAUCUAAAGUGAGGUGAGCUUUCUCUGCAGAACAAAAGUGUACCUGGAACAAAUGCAUGCAUGACAAGUAAGAAGUGGUGGAGAAUUACUGUUUCGUUCUCUGUUGGAAUUGUGCUCCAAAGUGGUGGGACUAUGUUGGUCCUUCUUGUUUUAAAUUUGGUCCAUUUGGCUCACUCUCACGUGAGUUUGACCUUUCCCCCUGCUCGGAAAUAUGACUUGGACUUUUUGGACACUGUGAGAACCAGCGGUCUUUGCGGAAUGGAAAAGGGAGCCAAUAGUACAAAGAUCCAAGCAAACCGUAGCCUGAAGGUCCAAUGGCAUCUGGGUUAUCCGCAUCGCGGGUCUUACCGUAUUCGCCUGUUCAAUGAGGCCAAGACCGUGGACUCCUAUUUGACCCCGGGGGAGGAUUUCGUAGCAAGUACACCCACUGAUGCUCAAGAAGCGAGUGUAUCCAUCCCAGAUGUGGAAUGCAAUGAUUGCACUAUUCAAUUGGAGCGACAGGCCUUGGAAUGGGGAGAAAAUUACCGCUUUCACAGUUGUGCUGAUGUGGCCAUAUCCCGUACCUUCAUCGAGGAUUGCACGGGUCACGGCAACCCUGGAUCCGGUUCUUGCUCGUGUGACAAGCUCUAUCAUGGCCCCAGAUGCCAGUUCAAAGACGAUUGCCUAUCGGAUUCAGAUUGCAACAACCGAGGGAAAUGUGUGGAAGUGGAAGGCUCAUCUUUGCCCAACUUUCAAUGCUUUUGCGAAUUCGGAUAUUUUGGGCGGAACUGCCAAAAAGAGUCCAAGCUCAAGACCAAGGAGUUUGUCGAGAGCGAUUAUCAGAAGCUCGCAACUCGUGGCGUGGAAUUUCUUUGGCAAUUCAAAGGCGACGAGGUCGAUGCCAUUGUCAUUGCUGACACUCAAAGCUAUGUUGCUGUUGGGUGGAAACCAAAAGACUUGACCACAAGCUGCUACGAGUUUCCUCCAGAUGCGGGUGCCUACAACUCGGGAGCCCUUCACGAAAUGGAUUGUAGCGAUAUCGUUAUAGGCACUGCCCGAGGAUCAACCAGUAGGAUUGAGGACUAUUACACUCGUGACAGGUCCACGCCAAGGUUAGACUCGGUAUAUGGAGGGAAAUCGGAUUUGACGGGCGCCCUGGGAUGGGAAGAAGAUGGAAAGACGUAUAUUCGAUUCACGAAACCUCGACGGUCCACCGAGAAAACCGAUCAUACCUUUGGAGAGAGCUUGGAGAUCAUUUGGGCGUUUGGACAGGACACGGACUUCUAUCGUAUUGACGAAAUCAAGUAUCAUGGACCCAAUCGAGGCCACGAAACCCUUCAUUUGAGGGACGAUGGCUCCAUUCAUAUGCCUGUCGCCAAAGAGACCGUCAUUCUGUCAGUAGCAGUGGCCUUGAUUGUCUUACUGAUUAUCAUCCAAACCAUUCAAAACUGCAGCAAGGGAAAGUUGUGUUGCACAGCCAAAUGAAAUUCUGCCAAACCCUGGGCUUUCCUCUCAACAUUUCUUCUUGACGCCUGAUGCACAAUCCGAAACAAAUGAUAAGGUUGUGGCUGAAUUAUUGCUUUGGAAAAUCAAGAAUAAAUUGCUCUUCUUGGUCUGA